UUCCUGCUCUCUAGCUGGUGGCCUUGCCAGAGCCUCAUCCACUGUUUACAACAUGGUUCUUCAGUUUGCAAAAUGUGAGGAUUAGUCCAGGUGAAUUCUAUGCUGCUUUUUGGCUGUCUACCUCCCUGUUGGCAUCUGACCACCUCAGCCACGACUUGGCUGUAACAGGUGAUAGGCAAGAAAAGUAGCCAACACUCAGAAGGGGAGAGACUGGCACAGAGGCCACGCAUCCUCUUAAGUUGGAAACCUCUUGCCAGGCAGAAGAUUGCUGGAAGCUAUUAGAGACGCCAGCUCCGCAACACAGGACACUUGUAGACCCGGCUCUUCGGCAUGGGCCUAGGGCCAAGGCAUCCAUGACAUCCUCCGUGAUUGCAUAUUUAUGGUGGUGUGUUGUGCAUGUAUCUCUUCUAAAUAGGUAAAAAGGAGCCAGGGGAGUUCUGUUCUCCAACACCUUACAUCACUCUGCAGACAAUUGGCAGUCAGGAGAGAGGCAGCUGCCACACUCUUCAGAUAUCUCUCUAUUUAAAGUUCAAAGAGACACUGCAUGACAACAACGAAGAGGUGAGUGUGGCCCUGACCAACCCACCCAGUAACAGGAAGAAUGGCUGAAAAAGAAUCUCCAAUAUCACGCCUUCUGGUCCCUAUUCUUCUCUUGAUUGGCUGGAUUGUGGGCUGUAUCAUAAUGGUUUAUGUUGUCUUUUCUUAAAAAGGCAAGAAGACUUCAGAUUGACUUCAUUUAGAAGAAUUAAGAAAAACAUGAACAUGACAGAUUAUUAAACAUUUCUCAUGUAAAUAA